AUGGGGGGCAAGUGCUCUUACGAGGUCGACAAAGGAGGGAUUUUCGACGAUAGAAAACCGCUGCAUACCGCCGAUGACGAAGUUUACAACGAGUUUGCGUGCAGGAGACGGCGGCCAAGCUGCUCUUCUGCAGCCUGCGCUGGAUCCGCAGCGUGCCGGCCUUCGUGCAGCUCUGCUGCCGCGACCAGCUGCUCCUGCUCGAGGCCUCGUGGAGCGGGGUGUUCCUGCUCAGCGCCGCCCAGUGGGGGUUCCCCCUCGCCGGUGCAGCCACCGCUGCCGGCUCCGGUGAGCUCUUUUCACCUCCAUCCUGUUGGCGACCGAGCAGAGGUGGCCGGCCUCCGCGAGGCAUCGCACGUGGAGCGGGUCCAGGAGCAGACCCUGACUGUGCUCCUGGAGCAACAGGAGCAGCAGCAGCAGAGGGCCCACCAGGACUCGGGCAGCGGCUGCCAGGGACACCAGAGGCUUGCCAGGCUGCUCCUCUUGCUCGGCUCGCUGCGCGCCGUUCCCGCCCAGCUGCUCGAGGAGGCCUUCUUCAGGUCCACCAUAGGGCCCGUGCCCAUCGAGCGCAUCCUUUGCGACGUCCUCCAGACCCUCUGA